CUAUUCUCCAUUUAUUCUAUGUAUUUUUAUUCUGUUUUAUUAUAUUAUUUUUAUAUCAUACAUAUUCACUGCUAUAAAUACGUUAAUUUAUAUACACACUUUAAUAAUUACGUCAAUGGGACCAACAACUUUUCUUUAAAAUCUCAGGCAAAUAGUGAACUUUUGGGCAUUUUAAAUCGCCGCUCCAAUACAUUUAAUACCAAACCUAUUCUGACCGAUAAAUUGCCCAUUUCUUCAAAAUUAUCUUCUGGCAUUUAUACCACUUUACCCCUGGGCCAUCGAAUUAUUAAUCGCAUUACCAAUAUAUUCAAGGUUGAAUUGUGUAAAUUAGGUGCUGCUCAAUUGUCAUUUCCCCUGCUAAACCCAGAAAAAGUUGUUUCGAAUACUGGAAACACGGUUCUUGAUAAUGAUUUAUUCAAGGUAUCAGGAAACGGUUCGGUAGAAUAUAGAUUAUCUGGAACCUGUGAAGAUUUGUGUAACAUAGUGUUGAAAAAUGAAAUGAUUCCGUUGUCUAAAUUGCAACUUCCAGUACUGUUAUAUCAAAUAAACACAAAGUUUCGUGAUGAAUUGAGGGUGAAUGAGGGAAAAGUAAGGCUAAAGGAGUUCCUGAUGCUUGAUAUGUACUCUUUACACUCCUCUGAGCAAUGCUCUGACAGCACCUAUACCCUGGUGCUUGAAAGUUUUGCCAAUGUACUCAGGCUACUGGGAUUAAACUUUGCAACAGUGAAUUGUAAUAAGAAUAACAUAGUUUCAGACGAGUUAAGGGUACAGCACUCCCAUAACCACGACCAAAAUUCAAACACAGAAUUGGAGGUUGGUCAUUUAUUUAAGUUUGGUACACACUACUCAGAUGUAUAUGGUCUGAAAUUUGAAAUUUCCGGUAGAAAGAGGGAAAAGUUGUACAUGAAUUCAUAUGGCAUUGGCAUUAAUCGACUUCUGAACGUGUUAAUUAACAAUUACUCAGAUGAGUUCGGCAUCAAACUACCGCAACUCAUUGCCCCUUACGAUGUCACUAUCAUAGAUUCCACAACAAACGGAGAUGGUUGGGAGAUAACUAGAGGAUUAAUGAAGAAGGGUUUGACAGUAUUAUACGAUGACAGAAGCGAGACGAUAAAGAACAAGCUUCUAGAUUCUAAAAGGAUAGGAGUUCCUCACAUUCUUAUCCUCGGAAACUCAUUAAAUGGUAAAAAAACAUUUAACAAGAAAUUAUGGGAAAAUAUAAACGAAAAUUGCAAAAUAUCAAACUAUUACAACUUACACAGAGGAGUGGAGAACGUAUUGUACAAAAAUGAUAAUAUAAAUCUAAACAAUUAUAGUAAUGUUAUGAUGGAAUAUCACCCUAGAACAGGCGAUUCCAGCUCCAUUAUUAAUCUUUCAAAUUUUUUAAAACUCCUCAAUAUCUAAUUUUACUCAUUUACAGUAUCUAAAACCCCGUAAAAUUUCAUAGUAUAUUCAUUGGUGUUUACUCGUGAUAACAAACAAAUCGGGAUUUAAUGGAAGGAAGCAAAUUAUAAAAUAGGUAAAUAUGGAGUAAAAGAAUGUAGUUUGGAGAAUUUUGGUAAGUAAAUAUAGGUGGAAAAGGUAGAUAACAGUGAAGGUGGUAUUGUGGGUAGGAAAUUGCCGCAUAGUAAAAAUAUUAA